UCUCACACACAGCUACUCAGAAAGCCAGUAGCACCACGUCACAUGGAUAUGGAGUCUGAAAGAGGUGCUCAAAGCAAGCAGGAUCUAAUAAAUGAUAGUAAUAGAGGUCUGGGCUGCUGUGGGUGGAUCAUUGUGAUUAUAUCUGCUAUUUUCUCCAUCUUGGUAUUUCCAGUCAGCAUUUUCAUAAGCAUCAAGAUUGUAAAGGAAUAUGAACGUGCUGUCAUAUUUAGACUGGGACGGAUAACUGCCCGAAAAGCAAAAGGACCAGGAAUCUUCUUCGUCAUUCCCUGCACGGACUCCUUCAUUAAGGUUGAUCUGAGAACCGUUUCAUUUGACAUUCCUCCCCAAGAGAUCUUGACCAAAGACUCCGUGACGGUCUCUGUGGAUGGUGUCGUGUACUUCCGUGUAAGCAACCCGAUUUUGUCUGUGGCAAAUGUUAGCAAUGCCGAUUACUCCACGCGUCUUUUGGCCCAGACCACGUUGAGGAACGUACUGGGCACCAAGAACCUAUCCGAGGUGCUGUCUGACCGAGAAAGCAUCUCUCACAGCAUGCAGGCGACUCUAGAUCAGGCCACAGACUCGUGGGGUAUUAAGGUGGAGCGAGUGGAGAUUAAAGAUGUCAAACUGCCACAGCAGCUGCAGAGAGCCAUGGCCGCAGAGGCAGAAGCAGCCCGUGAAGCCAGAGCAAAAGUGAUCGCAGCAGAGGGAGAGAUGAACGCAUCCAGGGCUCUGAAGGAGGCGUCUCUGGUGAUCGCAGAAUCUCCAUCUGCCCUUCAGCUGAGAUACCUUCAAACUCUGAACACCAUCGCAGCCGAGAAGAACUCCACCAUCAUUUUCCCUCUGCCCAUGGACCUCAUAAGCCACUUUAUGAAUAAGAAGUGAUCGCAGGAACGUUUUUUAUGGAUUUACACCGUUUACAAUUUUACCAAAAUUUGCAGUUUAAGAUUAUGUAUUUACAAUUUUUUUUUAAAUUCUGAUGUACCAUGUUAUAUAUAUAAAGUAUAUAUUACAGCUUUGUAAGUGUUUAACGUAUGUCCAACAGGCUUAAGGAAACUUGACUAUAUAAAAACAAACAUGCUACUGCAUAUAAGUAUAAUAUAUUUCUGAACAUAAUAUGCCAAAUACAACAUUCAAAUGUUAACGUUACAUUCUUGUUAAAAGCUUGUGUGCAAAAUCAAAUCUAAAUCUUUUUAAUUUAAGUUUUUUAAUUUACAUUUUUAAAUGUCCAAACAAGUCAGUUUUUAAAUGUCACAUUCACACAGGUGAAUGAGAUUUACUAUUAGAUAAGUUAUUGAAAUGUUCCCUGUUGAUUUUAUCCAUGAAGAAUCAUUCAAUGAGGUAUCAACAAGACAACUUUUACGUCCAUCAAAUUAAAGUCUAUUGGAGUUCUAAUGUCUCCAUUUAAAGAGCUGAUUUCAGAGGUGAAAAGUGCAAAAUAGGAUAUCUCCAGUUUCCAUCUCACGGGGGAAGCUCAAAGAUUUCAGUGCGAUUAUCUGCACUUUCUUCUAUCAGUAUGCUGGAUUCUUCAUAUGCAUCCAGACGCAGACACAGAAUCACACUGUGGGGAAUGUUACGGUAUCUUAUGUUAAAAUAUAUUACAGAGUUGGAUAUUUCAAUAGAAUUUUACAGACAAAGCAAAAAUAACAUAAUACACUGUAAAAAAUGAUUCUGAGUAGAUUUCAUGAAAUUAAUUGAGUAAACUUUACUUAAUAAAAUUGUGUUCUUGUUUUUAAAACAAAAUUUGAGUUAAAAUUAUGGAAAGAAUUUUGCAAUUUUAUCAUGUUAAACCCACUUAAACUUGUUUAAAGUAUUAAUUAUUCUAUGGUGGGACUACAUGAAUUAUUUUUGUUAAUGUCACUAACUGUGCAGUGGAUUUAGAGUUCCUAGCAGGCUUUGUAUGCGAUAGCAUUAGGAUAGCAAUUUUUGUGAAAAAGUUAGCUAUAAAGCUAUAAUAAAUGUUAGAAAAAUGU